AUGAACCCCUCGCACAGGUUCGCCCUGGCUGCACUCAAGGGCAGCACGGCAGCAGCACCCGCCUCCCCUGCUUCCUCCCCACGGCAACCACAAUUCUCCUGGUUUCAGACGCCCACCACACAGGGAGCUGCUCCCCCUGGCUCGCCCGCCUCCUGCUCCGCCUCCCUUAAGGUGACUUUUGAUGCGACCCAAAAGUCCACCUCCUCCUGUGACCUGUCUACUUUUGAGGCGCCUCAGAAGUAG